AUGUCACUUAAUCAAAGCACUCUUACUCAAACACGUUUAGAGAAGACAUGGGUGCCGUGGGUGCACAGCCGACUGAGCAAACGUCGAGGAUCGUCUGUUCCUCAGUUUACCAACUCACCCACCAUGAUUGUGAUGGUGGGUCUGCCUGCUCGCGGGAAAACGUACAUUUCCAAAAAGCUCACCAGGUACCUCAACUGGAUUGGUGUCACGACCAAAGUGUUCAACGUGGGGCAGUAUCGCCGAGACGCAACACGUUCCUAUAACAGCUUUGAGUUCUUUAAACCCGACAACGCAGAGGCCAUGAAGAUCCGAAAAGCUUGCGCCAUGGCUGCGCUCAAAGAUGUGUGCGACUACUUCACCAGAGAGCAAGGCCAAGUUGUGGUUUUUGAUGCCACCAACACGACACCAGAGCGCCGAGAUCUCAUCCUCACCUUUGCUAAGGAAAAUGGCUAUAAGGUUUUCUUUGUGGAAUCUAUCUGUGACGAUGCAGCGAUCAUUGCUGAGAAUAUUAAGCAAGUGAAGCUAAGCAGUCCUGAUUACCUCAAUUGUGAUAAAGAUGAGGCUGUGGCUGACUUCCUGAAGCGGAUUGAAUGUUACAAGUUGACCUACGUGGCAUUGGAUGAUGACAAAGACAGGAGCUUAUCCUACAUUAAGAUCUUCAACGUGGGCAGCAGAUACCUGGUGAACCGAGUGCAAGACCACAUCCAGAGCAGGAUUGUUUACUACCUCAUGAACAUCCAUGUUACACCACGUUCCAUUUACCUGUGUCGCCAUGGCGAGAGUGAGCUGAACCUGGUAGGCCGCAUUGGAGGGGAUUCUGGCUUGUCGGCUCGUGGUGCCAAGUUUUCCAGCGCUUUGGGAGUGUACGUGCGGAAGCAGAGCAUCAAUGAUCUGAAGGUGUGGACCAGCCACAUGAAGAGGACCAUUCAGACAGCUGAAGCCCUGGGUGUCCCAUACGAACAGUGGAAGGCUCUCAAUGAGAUUGAUGCUGGUGUGUGUGAGGAGAUGUCAUAUGAGGAGAUUCAAGAGAAUUAUCCAGAGGAGUUUGCACUGCGAGACCAAGACAAGUAUCGCUACCGCUACCCAAAAGGCGAGUCUUAUGAGGAUCUGGUCCAGCGACUGGAGCCUGUCAUUAUGGAGUUGGAGAGGCAGGAAAACGUGCUAGUCAUCUGCCAUCAGGCUGUCAUGAGAUGCUUACUGGCAUAUUUCUUAGAUAAAAGUUCAGAUGAACUGCCCUACCUCAAGUGUCCUCUUCACACAGUCCUCAAACUCACCCCAGUCGCCUAUGGUUGCAAAGUGGAGUCAGUCUUCCUUAACAUUGAAGCUGUGGACACACACCGUGAUAAGCCUGAGAAUGUGGAUGUAGACAGAGAACCAGAAGAGGCACUGGAAACCGUCCCAGAGCACAUCUAG